AUGUCGCACCACGCCCGUAUUGAGGAGGUGUCGGACUCCGACCCUGAUGAGGUCGCCCCAUCUGACAUGAUGGCCGAGGACUCCAUCAUCGAGAGAGCCUCAAUUCCUAUUCGAUCCAACCCACCUCCCGUGGCGCCGACACCAAUGGCUCCCCCAAUGGCCCAGCAGAUGCCAGAGCCUCAGCGCGAGAUCCCCAGACACUUCCAAUGCCUUUACCCUAUCUAUUUUGAUAAGACUCGCUCACGCGCGGAGGGUCGUAAGGUCGGCUCCGAGCUUGCUGUCGAGAACCCGCUGGCUAGAGAUAUUAUGGAUGCAGUGCAGAUGUUGGGCUUGCAAGCUGGUUUGGAACCGGAGAAGCUUCAUCCUAAGGAUUGGGCGAACCCUGGUCGCGUGCGUGUACAUCUGAAGAAUGAGGAUGGUCGGCUGGUGAACCCCAAGAUCAAGAACAAGCACCAUCUAUACAUCCUUGUCUCUCAAUACCUGAAAGCCCACCCCACCAACGAGCAAUCACCGUAUCGCCUGCGAAUCCGCGGUCUGCCCAUGCCCGAGAAGCUCCCUGCCGCCCCGCCUGCCCCACGUGGCUGGAAGAUUGGCAAGAUCCUGCCCAUCCACUCCCCUGCAUACAGCGGCGGCGGUGUCAGUGAUAACCCGUUCAAGGAAGCUAUGGCCGAAAUGCAGAACAUGCAGGGUAUGCCCGGUAUGCCCUCGAUCCCAGGACUGGCUGAUAUGGCUGGUAUGGCGGGAAUGGGUGAGCCUUCCGGGGCUGGUGGCGCGGAGAAGAAAAAGAAGGACAAGAAGAAGGGCAAGGCCUGA